GGCAUGCGCAGUCGAACGGGGGGGGGCUGUGGCUAGGGGGCUGAGGUAAAGCUGGGGUGCAGCGGGCUACUGUCUGCCUCGCUCGCCUUACUUAGGAGGCUUCGGCCGCCCCCGACCUUCCCAGCAUCUGGGCAUCGUUGUGGACGCCGGGUCCGGCCCUACCGCGCGGGCCCUCGCCGGCCACAGUGACCCCGCCCCCGGCCGAGGAUGUGAGCAGGGCCGGGCGUCCCGCACCGGGCCCGGGCCCGGGCGCCGGCAGUGGGCGUCUGGGUCGUGCCGGACGAUGGCCCUGCUCCAGGUGCUCCUUGCCUCCCGGGUCCAGGGUCAGUGAGGCGCCGGCGGGCUUGGACAAGCGGCCCGGCGCGGCGCCAUGGAGGGGGUGCUGUACAAGUGGACCAACUACCUUAGCGGUUGGCAGCCUCGAUGGUUCCUUCUCUGUGGAGGAAUAUUAUCCUAUUAUGAUUCUCCUGAAGAUGCCUGGAAAGGUUGCAAAGGGAGCAUCCAAAUGGCGGUCUGUGAAAUUCAAGUUCAUUCUGUAGAUAAUACCCGCAUGGACCUGAUAAUUCCUGGGGAACAGUAUUUCUACCUGAAGGCCAGAAGUGUGGCUGAGAGACAGCGGUGGCUGGUAGCCCUGGGGUCAGCCAAGGCUUGCCUGACAGACAGUAGAACCCAGAAGGAGAAAGAAUUUGCUGAAAACACUGAAAACUUGAAAACCAAAAUGUCAGAACUAAGACUCUACUGUGACCUCCUUGUUCAGCAAGUAGAUAAAACAAAAGAAGUGACCACAACUGGCGUGUCUAAUUCUGAGGAGGGAAUUGAUGUCGGUACUCUGCUGAAAUCAACUUGCAAUACUUUUCUAAAGACCUUGGAAGAAUGCAUGCAGAUUGCCAAUGCAACCUUUACCUCUGAACUGCUUUAUCGCACUCCCCCAGGAUCACCACAGCUGGCCAUGCUCAAGUCAAGCAAGUUGAAACAUCCUGUUGUUCCAAUUCACAAUUCACUGGAAAGGCAAAUGGAGUUGAACAGUUGUGAAAAUGGAUCUUUAAAUAUGGAAAUAAGUGGUGAUGAAGAAAUCCUAAUGAAAAACAAGAGCUCUUUAUAUUUGAAAUCUGCAGAGAUAGACUGUAGCAUAUCAAGUGAAGAAAAUACAGAGGAAAAUAUAACAGUUCAAGGUGAAAUAAUGAAGGAAGAUAGAGAAAAAAACUUGGGAAAUCGUGACAGCAACUUGGUACUGCCUAGAUCAGACUCUUCAAGUUGCUCUCCAGAAUCCCUCUGGGAAGAAGGAAAAGAAGUCAUCCCAACUUUCUUCAGUACUAUGAAUACUAGCUUUAGUGAUAUUGAACUUCUGGAAGACAGUGGCAUUCCCACAGAAGCUUUCUUGGCAUCAUGUUAUGCUGUGGUUCCAGUAUUAGAUAAACUUGGCCCUACAGUGUUUGCUCCUGUUAAAAUGGAUCUUGUUGGAAAUAUUAAGAAAGUAAAUCAGAAGUAUAUAACCAACAAGGAAGAGUUUACUACCCUCCAGAAAAUAGUGCUGCACGAAGUGGAGGCGGAUGUAGCUCAGGUUAGGAACUCAGCUACUGAAGCCCUCUUGUGGCUGAAGAGAGGUCUCAAAUUUUUAAAGGGAUUUUUGACAGAAGUGAAAAAUGGUGAAAAGGAUAUCCAGACAGCCCUGAAUAAUGCAUAUGGAAAAACAUUACGGCAACACCAUGGCUGGGUAGUUCGAGGUGUUUUUGCGUUAGCCCUGAGGGCAGCUCCAUCCUAUGAAGAUUUUGUGGCCGCAUUAACCAUAAAGGAAGGUGACCACCAGAAGGAAGCUUUCAGCAUUGGGAUGCAGAGGGACCUUAGCCUUUACCUUCCUGCCAUGGAAAAGCAGCUGGCCAUACUGGACACUUUAUAUGAAGUCCACGGGCUGGAGUCUGACGAGGUGGUAUGACAGCUGCAGGACAGCACCUCCUAACUUCAGGGAAUAAAAUUUGCUAAAGUAUUGUGUUCCCCUACUUAAUUUUCAGCAAAAGCUUCAACCCUUUUCAACCCCUUGGGGGGAUGGAAAGGAGCAGGCAAAACCUAGUGCUUUUAUAUAUAGUUUUGUAAAAUAUGUAUGUGUUUUAUGUGUUUAAAAAUCAAGGUGCUAUAUAUUUUAGUUCAAUGGGCCUACUGGAAACCAAAUUGUAGUUGUUACAGACUUGAACAGCAAGUAAUAAGAGCGGAUUUGAUGAAUAGAUUUGUUUGUAUUGUUUUAUAUUGUUUUGUUUUAGUUUUAAUGGGCCACUCAAACUCAAGCUGCAAAUGAGCAAUUCUGUAUCAAAGACUAAAAUUUAUACCCAGUGGUAAACCAUCUUAGAGUUAGACUGGACACUUAAGAGAAAGUGUAAGCCCCUUUGUGAAGCAAUGAUAAUGUCGUUUGCUGUUCCUAGACGUUCUCCAGUGGAUCUUCUUCUCUGGCUCUCAGUGAGAAGAGCCUGGUAGAGAGAAGGUUUGGGCAUUAGUGUGACCAUGCGAUGGUGGGAAAAUGUGGGCAAGGACUGCCAUCCCUUUUGACAGGUGAGGCCUUUUGUGGCUCCAGAUGAGAGGUGUGCCCUGACCUCACUGGAGGGCAGGAUGGGAGAAGUGGACACGUCAUUUGAGGUGACACCUAUCUUGUGCCCACCCUUUGCCACAUUUCCAUGGCAUUAUCUCAAUGGGACCUCACAAGAAAACCAUGACACUCAAGGAGAUUCUUAUUCCACUUCCAAAGUGAUGUUUAGAGGUGGAAGGAUCUCCUCACACUCGUGUAGUCUCUUAAGUAGUGAUUUCUAAAUAGAAUCUGGACUAUAUUUGUAUCGAAGUCACAUGGUGUCACAUGUCCAUUCAAAGACUGGAAUUACCUAAAGAACCCAAUGUGGAAGUGGGACACAGGAAUCUGUGUUUAGAUGAACUUCCCGAAUGAUUCUUAUGCACACCAGAUAGAGGAACCAUUUGAUUAAAUUCGAGUUUUCAGAAUUUCAGAGUCUUGCAAGAACCAAAUGAUACGUCCUUUUUUCAAACAGGAAGAGUCCAUCAUUUAAGGAAAAUAAUUCAAUGGAGAGCAAGAAGUGGAGCAAGUUUACUCAGCAGCAUGCUUCAUUGAGCCAGGAUCAGUACCCAGCAAACAGACCUUGGCAUAGCAUUCAGGGCCAUGGCUCUGAAUGUGUCCUCUGAUCAGUCAUGGCUUUGAGACCAAAAGUGCAGAGCAAACUAAAGGCAGCUGCAUAUCAAUCUCAAAAGCUUUGGAGUGGUGUCAGGGUUUAUAGAUGGGACUCGAAUAUUUUAUAAAAUAACCUUGGGAAGACAUUCUUCUACAAAGUGUGAUACCCAAACUGACCCUUGACUCCCAGUACUGGGCCAAACUGCCACAGUGUGCAUAGGAGAGAUGCCAUGAGUACCUUCCUUUUUAGAGGCCACUUUCCUAUGGUAUCAGGAAGGGAUGCUCCAGCAUAAGAUAGUUCCUGUGGGAGAACGUGAGUUGCUUUGAGGGACACAGGUGAAUGGAGCAGCGCUGGAUGAUGCUGUAGAUCCUUAGGGCAGGAGAAUUCUCUCCUUAGCAGAAUGCUUCAUGUAGGAAGGAAACUGAUCUUGACUUUUCUCUUAAACAGGCAUUUAUUUAGCCCACAUUAAUGAAACAAAUUGAGCGAGGCAAGGUGGUACACACCUGUAGUCCCAGCUACUCUGGCAGCUAAAGCAAGAGAAUCUCUUAGUCUAGGAGUUCAAGACCAGCCUAGACAAUGGAGUGAGAUGCUGCUCCUUAAAAUUAAAACAUAAAGUUGUUUUUUAAAAUAAACAAAGUGUGUAUUUAGCCUAUAAAAGAACUUCUGGAAAAUAUUUAGAAAAAUAAUAUCUUGUUUUAAGGCUAGAGAAGAAAAAGAGCUAAAGUGAGGUUGAUUAUAUUUUAGCAUUUGCUGUUGGCAGCUGCUAAGGUGUAUGGGGUAUUUUCCUGGCACUCAGGAGAGCUUUCUGUGGAUGUCCUUCUCUGUUUGGGGUUGGUUGGUUGGUUGGUUGGUUGGUUUGUUUGUUUGUUUGUUUUGAGACAGAGUCUUGCUUUAUAGUUCACACUGGCCUUGAAUGCAGUGUGUAGCCCAGGCUGGCCUUGAACUCUUGGUGAUCUGCCUCAGCCUCCCAAGUGCUGGGAUGAUAGGCAUGCGCCACCACACCUGGCUUGGAUGUCCUUCUCUGGCUAGUGUGAAGGUGAAGGUAGGACUAGGGUAUAAUUUAGACUUCUGCCCUUGACAUCCCCCCCUCAAAGGGAAGCAAGAGAGGUCAGUUUUUGCUUAUACUGUGAGUGAAGAUGCUUUAGGCACUGUGCUCUUAAAAGGGGAUGCUACCAGGAAAUUGUUGGUGUUAUGAAGCUGACUGUUCCACGAAAAUGCUGGUGCUCCCUUCACUUCAAGUGAUCUCCUGUGGUCCUUGGAGAGUAGGUGGAUGCUCUGAAAACACCUCAGGUUUGCCAUCGAGGCUCUGAAUGCACACAAAAGGACAGCUGCCCUGUGUGGCCAUUUCAUGUUUUUACAAGUACUGCCUACAUGUUUACAACUCAACUUUUGAAGGAUAAGGAGUUUAGUAUUAUCUGAAUAGAAUAGCUUCAAUAACUUGAAUAAGUUCCAUUUUCCAAUCACCCUGUUUUCAGCCCUACAGAAAGGGAGUAAUGUUUUUCAGUAGAUAUUUUCCUCACCGGGGAAUUAGUUUGCCUAAGGUAUAUAAAACUGAGGAUCCUUAAAAAAAACAAGCUAGAAAUUGAAUGUAAUACUAAACAAUAAAUUCAGCUCGACCUGAAUCUUGGCGCAGAGUUUCUUCAUUUAAAGUCAUCAUCUGUGCUGAUGAGCAGUGACUUUCUAAAAGGAGGCAAUGGGAUAAAAUACUUCAAGCUUUCUUCUGUAGCCUUCCAAGAGCUCUGGGACACUUGAGCUUUCCUUUACCCUGACACUGAAAGAGAAGAAGCUCUACUAUGUUCGUUGCUUUCAUUGCUUGAGACAUCUGUAGGAUUUCUUUUCUGGUAUAACCUUUAGAAGAAAAAGGAGAUAUGUUUUGCUGGGUGUUGGCAGAAGCGAGGAAACAGCAUUGGCUCCUAGGAAGCACUUCCUCACACAGUUGUAUCAAGCCUGACUUCUUUACUGGGAAGCCACCUUCUCAUUGGCCAGGAUCAGUGUACGCUUGUGGAACUGAACAAAAGCCUCUCACAAGCAAAGCUUUUGUCCUUUAGAAGCAAGUCUGAUCCAUUUAGCUAGUCCUGGUGACAAGGAUUGGAAACCAGCUUGUAGCCAUUGGGAGGAAGUGAUUUUUCUCAUGGGCUCUUGAUCUAGCUCUAAAGCGAAUUCCAGUGGGGUCUGGCAGAAUGUGGAGCACACGAGCCUAGGGAGUUGAUUUUGAAGGGUAAUGUUCAUUAGGUUGUGUGAGUAGUGGCUUGAGGUACCUUCUCAUUAUUAUGUGUGUGUUGUUCUGAACAUGAAGGUUCCCCCAGUGUCAUGUUCCACAAUGGGAGACCUCUUUACUCCAUUGUUCAGCUUUGUGGCUUUUCUCUCUUUGCGACUAAAAAGUGCCAGCAGUUCCCCCCUUAACACUCCACCCCCAAGCCGUUGUGCCCCAUUCCACAGCAGCAGCUUCCAGUAUAUGAACAGCAUCUGGCUCCAGCUUAGACUCCAAGAGCUUCAGGACAGAACCCGUGUUCCUAUUGGUAGCUAUAGGACAGGUGAAUACUGACUUGUGGCACCUGGGAGAGGUUUUCUGUUACCUGGUGAGUGCUGUUGAGAAGUUUGCACUCUACUCCUUUUGGUUAGUACUUCCAUAUAUAUCUCCAAAAAAUUAAUGCUUUCAACUUUGUAUUUUCAGUAGUGUUCUUAAUUAAGAAAAAUGUGUGAUAGGGACUAAUAAAUACAGUAUACUUUAUUAAAUUUGAGAUGAGGAAAAGAACUAAAAAUUUUUAUAAAGGAAACAAUCUGAUUAUGAAAAUCAUAUAUACGGAGAAAUAUCAGAUAAAGCAAUAGAGUCAGAGGGUCAUGAGCAAUAGAAGAUGAUAAUAAGGCAUUUGGGAAACUUUUGUUUUUCCUACUAAGCUACCAUGUCCUGUAGGAACUUGGUUACAUAAUGGUGCAUUUCUGAAACACUGAUUAAAUCCAGUCGUUUCUGACUUUAGUCAUUUGUUUUACAGCUGUUCAGUUCCUCACUCCUCAUGUUUUCUUUCUUUUUUUUUUUUAAGGUUAACUACCAAUCUUUUUAAAUUUAAAAGUUUUCAGAUGAUGAACUUGUAAGUAAAUGAAGUAUAUGGGAAGCCAUUGUUCUGUUAGGUGAACUAAUGUGUUUGGUCUUGAGGGCCUGACUUCAGAUGCUUCAUGAUGUCAUACAGUGUAUGCACAUACUUCAUUGUGUGCAGUGAACCUCUGUUCCUGUAAAGUAUAUGUAGAAUGCUUUAUUUAAAGAUAUGUUCCUCUUCUGUAUGACCCUUUGUAACCUGCAGUUGCUUUCUCAGGGGUUUCCUAGUCAUGACAUGAAAUAUUCACUCACUGUCUAAUGAUAUUUUAAGACUUGUAUCUAUUACAGGUCAUUUCCACAAUUUCAUAAAUGUAUUGUUCACUAAGCCUUCCCUAUAUAUGUUCCCAGUUCCCAUCCUGCCUCAGACAGUCAAUAGUCUUGUGGACGGUGACCAUUUGCAUGAUUCCUUGUUGCACUGCUGCAUUCAGGCACUCCAGGGCAUGAUGGAACGGUCAUUGAUGGUGCCUCUCUAGUAUAGUUAAUGCAUGCAUUGAUCUCUCUCCUCUGUUUCUAAAAUAACCUUUAAUUAAAAGGAAGAACCAUACCAUUACUGUGCAUUGCAAAAGUUUUUAUAGAUCUUUGGUUACCUUUAUGAAUCACUUCCUUUCAAAUGAAAGAUGUUUUUAGCUAAGUUAUGUAAGAAUAUAGGAAUCAAUGUCCUGCUUGUUUUAAAUGCUUCAUAUAUUUUAAAGUGUAGUCAGUAUUUCUUCCCUGUACCUUACAAACAGAAACCACUCUGGAUGGUUGGUACCCCUUGCAAAGCUUAUCUCUUCCACAUAGGCUCCUUGUGUAUCUGUGUUUAUUUACAGGUGUAUAAAGAGUCAGCAAUGAUAAGGCUAAUGAGCCAAUUUCAUGGCAUGUUUAAUGUAUGAUUCCCAUGUAUCAUGAGAAUUUAACUAGAAUGUCAUUAAACGGCCCAACUACCUCAUGUGAAAUUGGCUGUGGACAAUCUGUGUUAGAUGAGAAAUGUGCUCAGAUAAAUUUAUUCUGGUUGAUAGAUUGAACAAAGUGAUGUCUGUAUAAAGCAGAAAUAUAUUAGACCAUAUGCCAAAGGCUAAAAUGUACAUACAUUUUCUUGAAUUAGUUCUUAAGUCAGUGUUUAAUUCCACACCCAGGAUUCUUAUGAAUGUUUGUUUCAUACAUCCAUGCACUUUGAAUAUCUGUCACAUGCAGACCAUUACCUGUUCUAGUCCUUCAGCAUUUUGAAUGAGUAUCUUAUGCCAGUGAAAAGCAAGAUAAACAACAAGUGUCAAAUGGUUUAUUGACUUCUUAAUUUAAUAGACCUUUACGUAGAAUAUAAUGCAAUAUAGACUUUUAGGACCAAGUGAUGAAUGAGAAUUUCAUGGUUAGGUUUGUACUGUUUCUCUGUCCUAGUUAUUAUUCUGUAUCUCAUGGGGAGGGAGGAACAAGGGAGGGUUUUCCUUUUUUUGGAAAAUGUUUGAAAACAUCUGUCAGAUUUUAUAUUCGUUAGUUAUAAUAAACUUAUUUUUAAAGUA